AAUUUGUCGUGGAAAACCAUAACCUACAAAAAGUUGUAGCUGUGUGGUCUUUUAAAAGCUUUAAGAGCUUUUGACCAACUCUUUUCUUUUAAAUAUUCUGUAUGACAAUGGAUGAAAAAGCAGUAGAAUCUCUUAAAGAAAUAUCAGCUUUUCUAAAUUCUGAAGCUCGAGCAGAUUUAAAAGAUGCUACGAUUCAACAGGUGCUCGGUAUCACAGGUUCGGCAGCAGGACGGGAAUUGCUCCUAAAAUUACCGGAGAUAUUAAAAAAACUGGUUAUCCUCUUGCAAGAUAAUGCAAUAACAAUUGCAAAAGCUGCAGCAUUAGCAUUAAUAAACCUCACUGCUGAUGAAGGCGGUUCUAGUGCUCUUUUAGUAAUUUCUGAAUCUUUCAAGUAUGAAGGGAAAUUUAGCUCUGAUUUGAUCCACGUUUGUUUAAAAUAUGUUAUGGAUCGAAAUAUAAAUUUAGCAGACCCUUGUUGCAUGAUUUUAUCAAAUAUGACGAGGCCUUCAGUUUUUGUAGAUAGAAUACUUGCCCUUUUUGAUAAAACUGGAUACUCGUGGGAUUCCAUUAUUGCUGCCUUUUGCAAAAAAGGAGACACAAAUUGUGCUACGUCACACUACCUGGGACCAGUCUUUAGCAAUUUGAGCCAGUCCCCCAAAGUACGAAGACACUUAACUGACAGAACUCGAGGUUUAAUUCGAAGACUCCUUCCUUUCACGGAAUACGCCGAAAGUGAAUUAAGACGAGGUGGCAUCGUCGGAACUUUGAGGAAUUGUUGCUUCGAUCUUGCAAACCACGACUGGUUUCUCGGUCCAGAAAUUGAUAUCUUGCCUCAUCUUCUUUUACCACUUGCUGGGCCCGAGGAAUUUGAUGACGAGGAUACAAACAAGCUUCCCAUAGACCUACAAUAUUUACCUGAAACUAAACAGCGCGAAUCUGAUACCGAUAUCAGAUUAAUGUUACUGGAAUCUUUGACGCAAUUGUGUGCAUCAAAAAAAGGACGUGAGUAUCUCAGAGAAAAGAAUGCGUAUGUCAUACUCAGAGAGUUACAUAAAUGGGAAAAAGACAAAGUUGUCUUACUUGCCUGUGAGAACCUCGUUGACAUUUUAAUCAGGACGGAGGAGGAAAUAGGAGUCGACAAUUUAAAAGAGAUUGAAGUGCCUGAGGAAUACAAAGACAAGUUUCACAAAAUGGAUGAAGAGUUUAUAAGCAGUUGAAAACAUGAUGUACCUGAAUUAUAAAUAUAACAUGUAAAUAUAUUUUUAAUAACUU